UGUUGUCAAGUGAGCUUGUGGUUGGACGAGCUGAAAGGAAGCUGUUCGGCUAAGAAGGAAGCACGUUAGUUAUGCCAAUGUGAACGAAUCAUGGAUACAUUUAUCUGAUUUUUCUUAAAGUUUAUAGUUGUCUUGUAGUUACACGUUUAGGAGGUAUGGCUUGUUUCUUUCGAAGAAGUAUUGCAGCGAAGUUAAGUAGGACGCUGCAGCAACCUGAGGAUGUCUUUAUACCAGCCCUGUCAACAGUUCGAGUAUUUAAGAAAGAACAAACUGCAGACUUCAAACUGUCAGUUGGCACAUUACGGAGCAAUGGGAUUUUACCACCCAGUGGAGACAUUCAGCUGCAGGCACAAGACUUGGCCUCUCGGUUGAAGCCAGACAGUGUGGUGGAAGACAUCUCUGCUGACUGUGGAUUGAUCACUUUUAAAGUUAAUCGCAAGCUGCUUGUCCAGAAAUUGUUGGAGCCAUUUGAAAAGGGGAAGGGUGAGAAAUUUGGGUUGAAUAGUGAACUUUUUGAUACUUUCAAGAGAGGGACAACAUUGGUGGAGUACAGCUCUCCAAAUAUUGCCAAAAAAUUCCAUGCUGGACACUUGCGGUCUACAAUUAUUGGUAAUUUCAUUGCUAACCUAAAGCAGUCUCUUGGAAAUCGUGUUAUUCGGAUGAACUAUCUCGGAGACUGGGGUAUGCAGUUUGGUUUGCUAGGUGCUGGGUUUGGCCAGUUUGGAUGUCAGGAGAAACUGAAACAGAAUCCCUUACAGCAUUUGUUUGAGGUUUAUGUUCAAGUGAACAAGGAAGCAGAGCACAAUGAGGAUACGAAGCAGGCAGCCAGAGAUUUCUUUAGACAGCUGGAGCGCCGUGAGAGCCAGGCUGUGUCAUUAUGGCAACAGUUCAGAGAGAUCACAGUGGACGAGUAUCGUCGUGUUUACAAGCGGCUAGGGGUCCACUUCGAUAUUUACUCUGGGGAGUCCUUUCACCAGGAUCAAGCCCAGGAGGUGGUGCAGCAGCUGCAGAGCCAAGGCCUGUUGAAAACCUCUGACAGGGGGACUGGUGUAGUGGAUGUCUCCGCUGAUGGAGACAUGAGCAGCGUAUGCACUGUGCUCCGCAGCGAUGGCACAACUCUGUACAUCACCAGGGAUAUCGCUGCAGCUAUUGACCGAAAGGAGAAGUACAAUUUUGAUGAGAUGAUUUAUGUGACAGAUAAAAGUCAAGCAAAUCACUUCUAUCAGUUGUUCCAGAUCCUGCUCGCUAUGGGACAUUCUUGGGCUGACAGGUGUCAGCACGUGCCCUUUGGCCUGGUGCAGGGUAUGAAGACCCGGACCGGUGAGGUGGUGUUUCUGGAGGACGUGCUAGACGAAGCUCGGGCCAGCGUGCUCCACAACAUGAGCCAAUCAAAAACAACAAAGGAAAUGGACGACCCAGGGGGCACCGCAGAGAAAGUGGGAAUUAGUGCACUAUUAGUCCAGGAUUUCAAAGGUCCCCUGCGGUCAGACUACAAGUUUGACUGGGACAGGAUGCUGCAGGCUCAGGGUGACACGGGCGUCUUCCUCCAGUACACACAUGCCCGACUGUGCAGUUUAAUUCAAAGGAAUGAAGGUGUGGAAGCAGCUACAUUUGACCCAUCCCUGCUAAUUGAGCAGACCAGUAUUGCCACCCUGCAGCACCUCCUUCGCUACGAUGAGGCGUUGUACCACUCCGCCCAGGAUCUGCAGCCGAAACAUCUAGUCAACUUUUUAUUGAAACUGUGCCACUUGAUUGCAAUAGCACACAGAGAGCUGCCAGUUAAAGGAAGUCCUCAGGAUGUUGCACAGGCAAGGUUACGACUGUUCAGCGGAGCCUGCUCAGUCCUGGCCAACGGGAUGAGGAUCCUCGGCAUCACGCCGGUUGAUAAAAUGUGAAACUUGGCAAAGUAUAUUUUUAUCAAGCUUUAAAGUUCAUGCACCACUGCAGAUGCUGUCUACAGUAACAAUGGAGGAUUAAACAAGUUUUAAUAAAAUUACUUUCAAAAACAAUGUGACAAGACAAGAAUUACUGAACAUUUUAAAAAAUACUUCAUUGGAAGGAGUUAAUACUGUGUACAAUGGGGAGGGGGCAUCAAAAUAAGAGUAACAAGUCUUCUUACUAGCUAUCGCUGCUUCACCCCCAUCAGCUUUCAACAAACGUUUCUUCAAUUUAUCUAGAGCUCAUAAUUCUGGCACCAGUGCCAUGUGGGUGGUACUAGGCUGGAUUGAAAGAGGAGUUCUAUGUUAAAGUGGCACAAAAGCUCCCAUCCGUGAGAUGACCUGAACAGUGUCAACCCACCUGAGAGAUCAUAAAAAAAAA